GUCCACGUGGACACCAAGUCUGGCCUGCUGGGCUACUGGGACAACAGGAGGGGCUGCGCGGUGUCGCCCCUGGACGGCAGCAGCGAGCACAUGGCGGCCAUCAAGAUACCCUACGCAUGCAAGCUGCUCUUCCAGGCACGACCACGCCGCGAGUGA